CUUGGUGAAAAAUAAAUCAUUGAGAAUUUGCUCUUCUUUCCUGUGUUGUCUCUGAUCGAAGUGGUGUUGGCGAAGGAUAACUAACUGCCCUGAGGCCGUUUCCUUUUUAAGCAACGUUCCACAUGAUAAACGGAAAGAGGAAAUGUAGCUGUUUGAACCGCAUACCUCCGUUCAGUCGGACCUCUCUUCAGAUGCCUGGUGAUUCUGAUUAACUCUCGCAGGUAACGUCCACCGUCCUCAGCUGUCCUUUCUCGUUUCGGCCCAGCCUUUGCGGAGGGAGACAGCUUUCAUCAGGUCACCUCUCCACCUCCUGCGCUGCAGCGUCUCAGCCGAACCAGCCUUUCCUCAUCACUGAAACCUUUCAUACCCGGCAACAUCAUCUCCCUAGAGUGGAGGGUUUCAAGACGAGGGGGCGUAUUUUUAAGGUCUAUGUGCUCUGGAUAAAAAGUGAUUGAUGACAUGGACGAUGAAACUAACUGGUAUACUCCACUCCUCCAGACCGUCAAACAUACUUCCACCAAUCCAGCUGGAUCAGUGUCCUUGAAAUGUUUUUCGUUGAUCUUGGGAAUUGCCUGCAUCACGAUUGGCAGUAUCUAUUUGGGUUCUUGUACCAAGCAAUACUUGAUCCCAAUUUAUCUGAUUGUUUCCGGGAGCAGUGCGCUUCUCUUCCUGAUGAUAUUGCUGAUUCCACAGACUUCAAACGAGAGCCACAUUCUCAAUAAAUUCAGCCGGUUUUGCAAGCAUUUGGAAUCGCUGUUCUCUUUCAUCUGGUUCAUAACAGGAAGCGUUUGGAUCUACAGCAUCUACCAGCCGGAUUAUAUUGACAAAGCUUCUCCCAAUUAUUGCGACAAAACACUAUACCUCUUUGCCUUCUGGAUCACCACUGCUGUUUAUAUCAUUCUCGGGCUUAUGAUGCUUGUUGGAUUUUGUGCGUGUAUUUGUGGUGGAACCUUGGUCCUGACCAAGAAUCUUUCAAGCACUUGAAUGAGGAAAACCUUUGCUCCACCUUAAUUUGAGAAAUUUGCCUGCCUAAAAACUCUGGGCUUCCGCGGAUGAACGAAUGGCUUUCGCAACCGCUUGUGUGGGACAGCUUUUCACAAAGGCAUCUCCACAUCUUCUUGUUUGUUCUGCAGAACCUUCAUCUGAUAUUUCAGGAAGGAAACGGCACUUAAUCUGCUCGUCAUUCUCAAACCAAUCAGUUAUGUUGCAAAAAACAUUUUGGAUGUAUCUGUGAUAUAUUUCUAAUAAAAAGCAUCAGUAAUUCCUG